GCUAUGGAUACAGUAGCGUCGCAAUCAAAGAGGAAGCUGCCGCGGCGUCUUCGCCCGCGUUACAAAACGAUGCAGUGCAAAGCGGUCUGGAGAUUGUUUACUCGGACUAGAUGACAGAUCAUAGAUGAUGGAGCAGGACGAUGAACUGAAUGAGUUGCGGCUUCAGUUCCAAGCGUUAGAAAAACAGCAGGAGAAAAGAAAACUGGAGAGGAAAAAGAAGAACGAAGCAGAUUUGGAGGAUUUGGAUUUAUCUAAUCAAGGUAUUCAGGCGGACCAUCUUGAACACAGACUGCUACAGAGUGAGAAUCAGAAUCAGAACUUGCUGGACCAGCUCAGGGAGCUUAAGGACGAAAAUGGUCGGCUCUUCAAACUUCUGAGUGAGAAGGAUUUUGAAAUAAAACACCAGAAAAAGAAAAGGGAAGAAGAACGUCUGAUUUUAGCAGGCACGUCGGGCUUUGCAGGCGAUAUCGCAGCCACCAAGAUUGUUGAGCUGUCCAAGAAGAAUAGAGAGCUAACGGCUGAAAUUGAGCGAGAAAAGAUUAAAUCCAAGCAAAGCAUCAACAGAGUCGAAGAGCUUGAGAAAGAGCUGCAGGCAGCUUUGCUGCACUCUGCAGACGGGCGGGAGGUUGGUCCCAAGUCUCAGGAUAAGAGGCUGUCUGAAGACUGUGAGCAGCACAAUCCGGCGGUGAAGUCUCUGCAGGACAAAUUAGCUGCCGCCCAGCUGAAAACGACUGAGUAUCGCAACCAGGUUCAAUCUGUCAAACAGGAGCUGAAAGUAGCUCAGAAGGUUUUGCUCAGUGAGCUUGGAGAGGGGGUGAGCUUCCAGCAGUUACUAAACUCCCCGGGGAGUUUUCGAGGUCGCUCUCAGCAGAUAUUGGCUCUUCAGACGAGGGUGCGGGAUCUGGAGCAGCAGCUGAACCUGAACCUGUCCGCUCAGCGAAGACAGCCAAGUAUCCUGAGUGAGGAAGAAGAGUUUCUGGGCUUAGGAUUCCCUCAGAAAGCCCCUCAACGAGACAAGAACCUCAGCUACAUCCGCGCCAUCGAGAAGGAGAAGAGGGAGGCCUUUGAGAGGAUCUCAGUGGACUAUGAGGCCCUCCUGAAAGACCACGAGGAUGUGAAGAAAAAGCUGGACGCGUCCAAAGCCAGGAACAAAUCUCUGUCUACCGAGGUGAAAUCUCUGAAGCUCCAGAACUGCACCCUUAUGGAGAAGGGUAAACACGAUGACGAGCUUGUGGAUGCUCUGCUGAAGCGGCAGACUCAGAUGCAGGAGGUGCUGAGUCGGCUCGGCCGAGAGCAGGAGGCGAAGAGCGAGGAGACCCAGCGGAGACCGAGGCAGCAGCGGAGCACCGUGCCUCAACAGAAGAUUCACCUGUUAGUCACUAAGAGAGAUGCCAGGAUCAAAGAGCUGGAGGAGGAGAUCCAGCAGAUCUCUUUCAAGGGCAAGAAACAAGACAAAAUGGCCGAAACGACAUUAACAGCGACGGAGGGCACGGGGGGGCAAUCCAGCCUCAGGACGGGAAUCUGCAGUUCAGAAUUCACCCCUGAAGAGGGAGACAUUAGCAACAGAAUAACGUCUUCAGGUUCUGUUUCUAAAUUUGGUCAUAAACUGGUGCUGCCGGCUGUGGGAAGCAGUCUGGAAAUCAAGGGGAAAGCGAGGUCUUCGGAGGCAGGACAGGCGUACCAGGAGGAACGCCGCGGGGUGGUGACGCCGCAGCAGCUGGAGAAGAUAACAUCUGAUCCAAAAGGUAUUCCCUCGUUCUGGACCAAUGCUUCCUGCAGACCAUUGACUGCAUCCAGAAACCAAAGCAAACAGAGGAGCCGUGAACGCAGAGGUUAAAGUUAGCCAUCAGUGCACCAGGGAUCUGUGAACUAAACUCAGGCCAGAAAACGGUUUGUACCUCUAUGAGUCCAUUCAUCUCCCGGUGCCUCUCAUUUACAUGUAAUGGAAAGAAAAUAAACAGCGGUGUCCUAAUGUGCUCAUUUACAGUAAGUAGAAAUAAAGUAAUGAGCUGUUAUCUUUGCAGAGACAGCAGCAAAGCCUUUUUUUUUUUGUCCACAAUUGAAAUGUUGAUCAAAGUGUAGAGCAUUGGAGACGUCCGAUACGAUCCCUUAAUACGUUUCAAACUUUGGUUUUGCUCGCAGUUUAACAGCAGACGAACUCUGCCUGAGGCAUCGAGCCGAUACUGUGCGCCUUUUCUUUUCUUUGUGUUCCUUUCGGCAAGAUGGCGUCGCUGGAUGGCGGCGUGGUUAGUCAUGCGCCGCACGCCAACCGCUUCUGAUGUGUUUUCUUGAUAUUCAGGGACCUGACAUUGUCCCGCACUAAGGUAGUGGGGACUUAAUAUAUUGUACAAAGCAAGGCUUUGUUGUAUCAAUUCAAUACAGUAAAAGCCACAUGACCUCGUGUAUGAAUCGAUGGACUGCAAAGAAACAACAAAACAAUCUUUCUGCUGAUGAAGGAAAGACUCAAUCAAUUAUGCUCAAUACAAUAAUACAAAAUGCGAGAACGUCUUAUGGUGAUGACCUUACUGGAAUGUUGUGGAAACUGUAUUUUUUCAAAGACAAAACUGCCAAAGUAACAUCACUAUAGGAC